GCAGUUUGAAAUUCACGUUCAGUCCUAGCGCUGCUGGUAUUGCUAACACAACUGAUUAGAAAACGAUCGUAAGAUACAAUUAAAAACGAAAAGUGAGUGAAAAACAGUAACGAAUAAAACAAGCAUUCAAACAACAGGCAUCAUCAUGAAAAUGCUGCAAUAUCACACGCCUCCCGUCAGCGAGUGCGCGCUGUCCUCCACACAGCAUCGCUCAACGCCAACCAAUUUCAGCCUAUCGUGGCGCAGCCGCAUCCUCGCGUUCAUUGUGCUCAUCGUUGCUUGCCAACUGCCGUCGUCCACUUUGGCCGCUUUCUCACAAAAAGACUGUCGUGAUCUGGGCGCGAACUCACAUUGUCAGUGCUCAACGAUGCCCUCGCGCUUCGAGAUUCAAUGUCCGCCCAUGGACUUCAAUCAGAAAUUCACACUUCAAAUCAGCCCAGGCGAACACGUGCAAAUCGAGUGUGAUCAUGUGGAUGCGCGCGACUACAGCCUGCUGCCGCGCAUGUCGAUCGGUACCAGCAAAAUCGUGCAAAUCCGUCACUGUCCAUUGCCCGGUCACACGCCCAUCGCACGUCUCUUUGAGCAUUUGGGCAUAACAAAGGUGAAUUAUUUGAUGUUUGAAAGCGGCGAGUUGGGCGCCAAUCUGACGCGUCACCAUCUCAGCGAUCUGGGAAAUUUGGCGCAUCUACGCUUUAGUUCGAAUAGUUUAACCCAUAUGCCGGCGGAUUUGUUCGCCGAUUUGGGUAAUUUGAAUUGGUUGGAUUUGCGUUCGAAUAAUGUGAAUUUGACGGAGAAACUCUUUGAGCCGUUGAAAAGUUUGACAUUCCUCGAACUUGGACACAAUAAUUUGAAAACUUUGCCGCGUGGCAUUUUUAAGAAUCAACAAAAACUGCUGCAUCUCAAUUUGUGGGGCAAUCAAUUGCGUAAUCUGACAAAGGAUGUAUUCGAGGAUGCUACCGCACUCACCGACAUCGACUUGAGUGCCAAUAAUAUUGAAACAUUUGCGCCAGAUGUUUUUCAACCGCUGACGAAUUUGAGCAGCAUUUACAUCAAUGCCAAUCAUAUACGUGAAUUGCCGUAUGGGCUUUUCGCCAAUAAUAAAAAUCUCACCGAGUUCCGGCUGAUCAACAAUCGUGUGGCACUCAUUACACUGCCUUCCGGUCUCUUUGCAAAUUUACCACAUUUGAAGGAUGUGCGUUUGACUUGCGAAUUGGAAACCGUGCCCGAGGAUCUAUUCGCAAACUCAACAAAGCUUGCAAAUCUCACCAUGAAGGAAAAUAUGCUGACCACUUUACCGGAGAAGCUGCUGAUAGAUCAACACGAACUCUAUGAUUUGGAUCUGACGCAUAAUCUCCUAAAAACCUUGCCGGAUGGCUUGUUCCAGAGCACAAGGAACUUGGUGGAACUCAGACUAUCGUAUAAUCAACUCAGCGAAAUCUCAAGCGAACUUUUCAAUCCACUCGUCAAUCUAGAAAUUCUGCACAUCGACAACAACAAUUUGUUUGCAAUUAACAUCAAUGCUUUCCGUGAUACGGCCAACUUGAAAUUCCUGAAUUUGGAGAACAACAAAAUCGAUCUCGCUGAAGCGCAUGCUGCCAUACUUGAGCCCAGCCAGCAUCCGAACUCUGAGUUCGACGCCAAUUCACCAUUCCAAUUCCUGUUUCAACUGCAGGAACUCAAUUUGCGCAACAACUCCAUCAUGUACAUCUUCAACGAUUGGAAGACCCAGCUGCUCGAGCUGCAACAACUCGAUCUCAGCUACAACAAUAUCACCAUAUUCCACGACCAGGACCUGCAGUUCCUCAGCAAACACGGUGUCACGGUCAAUCUAACGCACAAUCUCAUACACGAAAUCAAUUUCAAUACAAUCAGAAUCAUAGAUGUGCCUUUUGUGGACCGCUUGGUGCACAUAGAUUUGAACGAUAAUCCGCUCCAUUGUGACUGCCUCAUGUUGCCCUUCUUGCAGUUCGUUUUCGGCGAGUUUAAAGACAAGUUCGAGUACAAAAUCGAGCUAACAACAUCCAAUUUGAAAUGCGAAGGCCCACCGGCAUUGAAGGAAAAGUAUUUGCGCGAACUCAGCUACAUGGAACUUGUGUGUCCGCUCGAUGACAGCGCCUCCAGCGAAAAGCGUUGUCCGCGUGCCUGCGAAUGUUGGGUGCGUCCACACGAUCUGAUGCUCUUGGUGAAUUGUUCGAAUGGCAAUAUGACGCGUUUACCAACACUACCACACGAGCCACUACUCAAAGGCAUUGAGCUAUUUGUCGAAAACAAUAACAUUGCUCGGCUGCCUUUGGCCACUACAACGGGUUAUGCUGAUGUGAAGAAGAUCCAUGCCGCCGGUAACCAAUUGCGUCAGAUUGAAGCAAACAAUUUGCCAGUGGGACUGCAGUACUUGGAUGUGCGUCAUAAUAUGCUACAGCGGCUAAAUACGAGCACACUAAACUUGCUGAACAGCAGCACCUCACUCGAGGGGCUUCUGCUAUCGCACAAUGCCUGGAUGUGCGACUGUGAAGCGAGACCUUUGCUUGAAUUCACACAGACCGCCAAAAUACUACAGAAGCUAACCGUGCGUGAUUUCAAUCAGAUGCGCUGUGCCGCAGAUCCGGCGAAACCGCAAAAUGUGCAAGGGUUCAAAGACAUUUCCGUCGCUGAUAUCUGUCCCACCGAAAUGGGUUUGGUAAUCGCAUUCGGCAUCAUCAUCGCACUACUCGGUCUAAUAAUAGGCAUCGGUGUGGCGCUGUACUACAAAUACAAUCAAGAGAUUAAAGUUUUUCUCUACGCGCAUAACUGGUGUCUGUGGUUCGUUACCGAAGAGGAGCUGGACAAGGACAAGAAGUAUGAUGCGUUCGUUUCCUACUCCCACAAAGAUGAAGCCUUCAUCGCCGACUAUCUCGUACCCGAACUCGAACAUGGUCCGAUACCAUUCAAACUGUGCAUACAUGUGCGUGACUUCAUUGUUGGCGGCUGCAUACCUGAACAAAUUGUACGCUCGGUGGAUGAGUCCAGACGCACCAUUGUCGUGCUAUCGCAGAACUUUAUCGAAUCAGUGUGGGCGCGCAUGGAAUUCCGUGCUGCCCAUCAAUCGGCGCUAAAUGAGAAACGCAAUCGUUUGAUUGUUAUCAUCUACAGUGAUAUUGAAAACAUCAACAAUUUGGACAGCGAACUGCAGGCAUACCUCAAGACGAACACCUAUCUAAAAUGGGGCGAUCCAUACUUCUGGGAGAAGCUGCGCUAUGCCAUGCCACAUCCAAGCAGAAAACCAGGUGGCGGCCUGGAGAAGACUGCAAUGAAAAGUUCGGUCGAUGAUAAACUUGAACUCAUCAAACCAUCGCCGGUGACACCUUCGCCCACUACACCACCCGCAAUAGCGGCAAAGAAUCCGCUUAUAGCGCAUCUGAAUGGCGGCACACCACAAACGGCGAUUAUCAUACCGAAUGGGAAGAUGGCAAACGGCACAGCGGCAAACUAUCAAUUGAAUGGCAAGGCACAGAAUGGGCACAUCAAUGGCGCUUUCAUUAUCAAUACAAAUGCCAAGCAAAGUGAUGUAUAGAACAGGGAGAAGGCGGAAAUGUUUCAGUUCGACGACGAUUUGUUGUUCCGAUGAGCCAGAGACAUCAACGCGUUUUAAGGCGACAAUAGCUGAGAGACAGCAAGCGGGGAGAGAAGAGAAAGAAAGGGAGCCUACGAAGAGUGCAGCUCUGAAAUAGAAAGGCUUGUACGAUUUGAGAAGGAAUUAUGCGGAAAUUACGCGAACUCUUUUGAAAAUGGGAAGCAGCAAUUCGAAAUUCAGAGUUGCAAGACAAAAGAAAUUUUCUUAUGCUAAUUUUUUCUAUUUUUAAUAUUCUUUUUUUUGUUUGGUUUAUGUUUUGAAAUUAGACAGACAUACUUACAUACAUGUAUAAGUGACUGCUUGCAAGAAAUUAUCCUUAAAGUUUCUUAAUUUGAACAAAACAAAACCGUCACAGGGAUAAGUGUUAUACUUUUAGGCAUUUCUUAUUAUGCGCUCAUACAAUUGAAAAAUUGUAUAAAUUAUGUCUAAGUUACUUUUUAACUGAGGAUAGGAUGGAUAUUCGGCACCUACUCGAAUUAUUAAAAAAGAAUGUUUUAUUUUCUUUCACAUAAGCUUUUAUAUAGUCACAAAUCAAUUUACUUUCUCGAAAAAUAUUUGGUAUUUUUUUGCCUUGUAAAAAAUAGUAUCUCACAUACAAACGUAUUUUUAUACUCUCGCUAGCAUUAAGCAUGUAAGAAAAUAGCCGAUAAUUAUAGCUAAGCAGGAAAAAAUAUUUAUAACAAUUUCUAACAUUUAAGAAAAAAUAUAAAAAUUUCCAAAAUUUAUGAAAACAUGUUGAACAGCGUAAAACAAGCUCAUUUUAAUUAAGCUCAAGAUAAUUGUGUUCAUUAAAACAAAAAAAUACAAAAAAUGUAGUAGCUAUUUCUGCGGCACUUUUUUAAAUUAAUAAGAUAGGAAACUCAUUUCGUUGAAUCUACAUUUCCAAUUUUUUGUUAGAAAUGUAAAAGAAUUAAAAUAUGCAUUUUUAGAACUCGCAAUUCAUAGAAAAUAAAAUAAAAAACAAUAAAAAGCAGAAAAUUUAUAUUUUUUGUUUUUUUUUUUGGGACUCGCAUUUCAUAGAAAAUAAAGAACACAAAUAAAAAGCGGAAAA